AUCCGGUUGUCAGAAAAUUAAACAACGCUGGAAUGUUUUGAAACAAAGCAACAUUAACGUUCAUGUGGCCCACCGUGUAGAUUGUAAUUACUUUUUGUUAGGUUGUUACCUCAGCCUUAGCCUGUUGUGGGCCUGAAGCAUGUCUUGGAAAAGUCCAGAAUAAGUCAGCGAAACGCUUAUGGAGGCGUCCCGGCUUGUUUCCUGCAGAGAAGACAUUUCUUCGCUAUUUCCUGAGCAGACGCCGGGUGCUAAAUAUAAUGAUUUAAGCAGACAGUUUUCGGCCGUGAGAAAAGUCCGUGGUGAUGGAAACUGCUUCUACAGAGCCUUCUGCUUUGCACACUUGGAAUCGAUCGUGCGAAACGCCAAGGCUUUGCGGAGAUUCAAGGACGCUAUCGUGAAGAGUGGGACAGAUGUAACUUGUGCGGGAUUUGAUGAAAGCUCCUUCAAAGAUCAUCUGAAAACAUUCCUAGAUGUUGUGGAACAAAUCCAGGGUGAUGACCAGGACAUGCUGCUCAGGCUCUUCAACGAACAGACUACCUCUGACAGUGUGGUGCAGUAUCUCAGGCUGCUCACCUCAGCUCACCUGCAAAACCAUGCAGACUUUUUCUGCAACUUUGUAGAGGCACCAAAUCUGCAAGUCUACUGCAAACAAGAAGUUGAGACCAUGGCGAUGGAGUGUGAUCAUGUGGAUAUCCUGGCUCUGUCGCAGGCCCUGGAUGUUAGCAUCCAUAUAGUUUCCAUGGAGGGUGAUGAACAGUGCUUGGCUCACCACAUCAUUCCAGAGGGUGCUCAACCCACCCUGCACCUCCUCUACCAAAAUGCACACUAUGACAUUCUCUAUCCUCAUCCCGACCAACGAUCCACUAGGGCUGCGCUCACCUCAGGAUUACUGCCGAGCAGUUGAUGAAAUGCCAAAUGAGUUUUAAUGAAGGUUGAUAAAAAUAGCUCUUUAUAAAGACCAUGCAGUGUUUCAACAUCAGGCAAAGUAAGUUUGAACUGCCAAAAAAAUAUCCAAAGACUUUGAUAUUUUUAAAUGAUUUUAUGUGAAAACAUUGUACUAUUAAUUAAAAAAUUGUGUCACAUAUUGCCUUAUUUAAUACAGAUUUACUCAACA